UUGCACAAAUUACAAAAUGAUAUAUUGGGUUCCUUACACUAUAAGCAGUCUAUGGACAAGGUAUGACAGCAAUCCAUGUGUGUGCAUCAUGUUCAAAUCAUCUUUGAGUGACUUUGUUGAGCUUCACAUUCAAUUUGAGAUAAUAUUGGAUGAUUUGGACAUGGGCGAAAAAUUCUAAUAUCUGUACCAUGACUUGAAUGGGAUUUGUGCCACAAAUGCUAAAACGUUAGCAGUUGGAAACCAAAUCAUGCCUUGUACACAGACUGCUUACAGGGUAAGGAAACCAAUGGGUAAUUUUGUAAUUUGGGUGAACUAUCCCUUCAAUUCAGCUCUACGAAUGUCUUCCCUGCUAUAACAACUUUACCUUUUCCCGACUUUCGUUCUUAUGAGCUGCAUUUGGGAAUUUACGAUUUUUAGAAGGCUGUUACACAAUCGUGAAGUAUUUAGCUUCAGGGUCACCACCACAAUGGAGAUGAGAUACGGGAAAACACAUUUUUUCUUCACCCUCCCAGUCUAUCAGGACUGUCAGGUUUAAGGAAGUGAGAUUACUGGGAGGUACCAUUAAUGCCCAGUGUAGAAGUAGAACUGGUUCAUCCAGAGUGUGGCCUUUGCUGCAUCAAUCGUCAUGAGGAGGCCUCUGUUCAGACUGACCCAGGAGAGAGUGCUGUCCUUGUGGCAGAGAGAGAGCAGAACCACCCUGGCCCCUGGUUCUCUACGGCAAAUCCACUCCUGCUCAGCACUGGUCUACAGAAAGCAUGGACAUCAGUAUGACACAGUCAGAAUGGAGCAGAUGUCCUUGCCAGCCCUGGGUCAACAUAGUGUCAGACUGAGGAUGUUGGCAGCACCAGUGAAUCCAGCUGAUAUUAACAUGCUACAAGGCACAUACCCAAUCCUUCCAGUGUUUCCUGCUGUGGGUGGGAAUGAGGGAGUGGGGGAGGUGGUGGAGGUUGGUAGGAAGGUCACCUCUCUGAGACCAGGAGACUGGGCCAUACCAUGGGAUGCCGGCUUUGGUACAUGGAGGACAGAGGCAGUGUGUGAGGCUGAUGACCUUCUCCAGGUCCCCAAGGACAUCCCUCUGCUGGCGGCUGCUACCAUCGGGGUGAACCCCUGCACUGCCUACAGGAUGCUGCAGGACUUUGUUACACUCAAACCAGGGGCCACUGUGAUACAGAAUGGAUCCAACAGUGUAGUGGGUCAGGCUGUCAUUCAAAUAGCUGCUGCCUUGGGGGUGAAGACCAUCAACAUCAUCAGAGACAGACCCAAUCGACAAGAGUUGGAGGAGGAACUAAAAUCGAUGGGAGCUGAUUUUGUUAUCACUGAAGAAGACCUGCAAUGUCUGGGUCUGGAUAACGUAAUUCAGGAGCUCCCAAAGCCCAUCCUGGGUUUGAACUGUGUUGGAGGCCGGAGUGGUGGACUUGUCCUCUCUAGUCUUUGUGAUGGGGCAACAUUAGUGACAUAUGGUGGGAUGGCCAAAAAGCCUCUCCAGAUUCCAGCUAAAUCACUCAUUUUUAAGAAUAUAACAUUACAAGGAUUCUGGAUGACGCAGUGGAAAAGAAACAACAGUAAAGCAGAUGUGACGCAGCUACAGGCCAUGGUGACCUCUGUGUGUGAUCUAGUGAAGUCUGGCCAGCUCCAGCCACCUCAUUGUGUCCAAGUUCCCUUCCAUCACUACAGCCAAGCCCUCCAGGCCACAGUACAGGCGCAUCAAAGGAAACAUGUACUACUCAUGUAGUCACAAGCAAAACAAAAACAC